GCCCCUCCCACAUUGUUAUUAUGUAUCCCAGCUCCAAAUGUGGCUCUCCGAGGAAUUCCCACCCAAUCCAGCACCAUGUCUUAUUAUGGAAGCGCGCGGAACGCCAACGACGGCUCAUUGGCCAGGAAUUACCUGAGGGGUCAGUGCUCCUAUACAAAGCAGGACGAGGGGCCCUGGUGGAUGGUGGACCUUAAACAGCCCCACAAGAUCAUGUCCGUGGCCGUCACCAACCGUGUCCUGGAAUGCUGCAGGGAACGGAUUUUUGGGGCAGAGAUCCGAAUCGGGAACGAUCCGAGCAAAGGAGGAACAUCCAAUCCCAGUUGUGGCGUCAUCUCAUCCGUUGAAUCGGGGGAGACUCUCUCCUUCUCUUGCCAAGGAAUGACCGGCCAAUAUGUGACCAUCUUCAUCCCGGGACGGGCAGAACAUCUCGUCAUGUGUGAAGUCCAGGUCUUUGGAUUUCCAGCAGGCAGUGGGGAUACAGCAACAGUCCCAGAAGUCUUUAAGACUCCAAAUGGAGCUCCAAACGUGGCGGUCAAGGGUGUGGCCCAGCAAUCCAGCCUCUAUAACAUGUACGGAGAAGCCAAAAACUCCAUAGAUGGGUCUCUAGACAGCAACUACCUUUACAUCCAGUGCAGCGGCACCUCGGAGCAGGACAACCCCUGGUGGACGGUUGAUCUCAAGGAAAAGUUUAAGGUCUUCACCGUCGCGGUGACCAAUCGAGGCGACUGCUGUCCAGAAAGGAUCAACGGGGCCCAGAUAAGGAUUGGAAACUCAGCUGAAGAUGGAGGGACCAGCAAUCCCAUAUGUGGAAUAAUUCCAACCAUGGCAAGCGGUGAGACCCUGGCCUUUGAAUGUGACGGCAUGGUCGGACAAUAUGUGACCAUCUUCAUACCUGGAAAAACUAGGUCAUUAACUCUCUGUGAGGUCCAAGUUUUUGGACUACCGAGUGACACCUCAGAUGACACCCCUGUGAUGCCAGAAGCUCGCUCAGGUAUCUCGGACGCAUCGAAAUGGACAUUUGACUAUCUCUGGGGUCUUAUCGAUGAUGAUGAUGAUGAUGGCAUUGAAUACCUUGAUGACAUAUUUGGAAUCAAAGAGACUACAGAAGAUAAAGAAUCUGGAGCCAACAAGACUACAGAAGGUGAAGGUGAGAAUCUUGCUUUUCGAGGAAUCAGUUCCCAGUCCAGCACCUACGAUAAAUUGGGAGCUCCAGAAAAUGCCAUUGAUGGCUCUACAAAUACCAAUUACAUGUCCAAACAUUGCUCCCACACUGAUCUGGAAAUAGAGCCCUGGUGGAUGGUGGACCUCACAAAAGUCCACAAUGUCACCAAAGUAAAAAUCUUAAACAGAGGUGACUGCUGUAUAGAACGGAUAGAAGGAGCAGAGCUCAGAAUCGGAACAUCUCCUGAGAGAGGCGGCACACGAAACCCAAGGUGUGCGAAAAUUACAUCUCUGGGCCUGGGGAAGGAGCAAGAGUACGUGUGCGGCAUGGUUGGCCAGUACGUCACGGUUACCAUACCGGGAAAAGCCGGCUAUCUGACGCUGUGCGAAGUGAAAGUUUAUGGCACAGACCCCCCAGAAAAUUAUGAAGUCAUUCCAGUCUACAGGGACUCCUCCGAGAGUACAGAACAGGAGCGUGCCAAGGAGUUAAAGAAUAUUCUGAAGCAUUCCAGUGCUGCCCCCAAUGUAGCCCCUAGUGGUGAGACCUCCCAGUCCAGCACGGAUGGAGGUGACUCCAGCAAAGCCACCGACGGCCUCCUAUCCACCUGUACUCGGACCACGGAGGAGAGAGAUCCCUGGUUGACUCUGGACCUGAAAUCCCCCCACAAAGUCUUCUUCAUCGCAUUGAGCAGCAAGAAGAACUCCGACCCCGAAAGUCUUGGAGGAGCCGAGAUCCACGUAGGAAACUCCGCUACGGGCUGGAAGAAGAACCCAGUGUGCGGGACGGUGUCAUCCAUGGGCCCUGGAGCAACGUUCUCUUUUAAGUGUGACGGGAUGGAGGGGCGUUACGUCACCGUCGUCAUUCCCGAUAAGGAUACACGUCUCGAAAUAUGUGAAGUUCAGGUGUUCGGCCUCUCCAUUGAUACCCCAAGUGAAGGUUGGAAUGGAGAUCUUGAGCUCCAGAAACAGCAUCAUGGAGUCGAGAAUGUGGCCCCCCGAGGUCUUCCCUCCCAAUCAUCCCAUUACUCCUCCAAAGACACCCCGGGGAGAGCCAUUGAUGGAUCCCUGCUGGGUAAUUCCAUGCGCCAUCAGUGCACUCACACUAAGCUGGAGAAGAACCCUUGGUGGAAAGUGGAUUUAAAAUCCACCCAUCGCAUCCAGUCUGUGGCCCUCACCAAUCGGGAUGACUGCUGUCGAGAGAGAAUUAAUGGUGCGGAGAUCCAUAUUGGAAAUUCUAAAGAAAACGGUGGAAUCGGGAACCCCAGAUGUGAAACUGUAUUCAAGAUGAAUUAUGGAGAGACGAUGGCCUUUGGCUGCAGAGGAAUGGAGGGCCGGUACGUUUCAAUUCAUUUGCCCAACCAAACACAAUACUUAUCCCUCUGUGAAGUCCAAGUCUUUGGUGAACCCCUUGCUCAGGAAGUUGUCUCGGAUCCUCAGUCCACAGCAGCUCCAGGCAGUCAAGAGUCUGAUAAAUCGAUAGCGACUGUCAGUGAAGAGUCUGAUAAAUCGAUAACAUCUGAUCUUACAGGAAAAUACUUCCUGUUUCCCGAAGAAAGUGACAACAGUUAUGUGGACUUGUCCCCCGCUCUGCCGCUGAGAUUAAACGCCUUCUCCCUCUGCAUGAAAGUGUCUUUGAACGUUUCAAAAGACAGAGAAACCAUCUUGUUCUCUUACCGCACCCUGUACUUCGAUGAACUGAACCUGUGGCAGGAAAAGUCGGGGAAUCUGGGGUUCUACAUGAGCGGCGAGGGCCUCAUGUUCCCGACGCUGGACAGGAGCAAAGAGUGGCAGCACAUCUGCCUGACGUGGGAGUCGAAGCACGGGCGCUGCGAGCUGUGGGUGAACGGGAGAAGAUACGCCAACAGGGUUUACCGCAGGGGACACCAGGUGCGAUCGGGAGGCAUCGCCAUGCUCGGCCAAGACCAAGACGCGCUCGGGCGCGACUUCGAAAAAUCGCAGAGCUUCGUGGGAAGGAUCAAAGACCUGAACAUGUGGGAUAAAGUUCUGUCGCUCAAGACCCUGCGGGCAAUGUUCCGGGGAAAGGAGACGACAAAGGGGAACGUCUUCGACUGGAGCGAGCUGGCGUUCUCCAAGAAAGGAAAUGUGCGAGUUGUGGAUUCCGAAUGAUACUUUGUAAUAUCUGAGUGAUUGUGACUCCUAAAAUGCCCCGUAAUAAAAUAAGAUCUCAGUCA